AUGGUGUCGCUGGCAGAGGUGCUGCGGUGCCUGGAGCGUGCCCUGAGCGAGGAGCAGGCCUGGGCCCUCUGCUUCCAGUGCUGCUCGAGAAUGCGGCAGCUGGCCCGUGGGCUGCACCCCGUGCUCCAUGCUGUGCUCAUCAAGGGUCCUGGGAGCAUCUUCAUCCAUGCCGAUGGUGCCGUUUCCUUCAAGGUCCAUCAGAAGAGCACAGAUGUUGGCAAUGCUCAACAGUUAGAGGAGAAGCUGCUGGAGUACUUGGGAGUGGUGAUCUAUGAAGCCCUGGACUGGGGAAUUGACAGCCAGGUGGAGCGAGAACUGAGCGAGCCCCUGGAGAAGCUGCUGCGCCUCAUGCUGAAGCUGGACAACGAGGCGAUGAAACUGGUGGUCACCCUGCAGGAUGUUAUCAAGAUCUGUGAGGAUCGCUUGCCCAGGCCUUCUGAGGCUGCCAGCCAUUACAAGGGGACCUGCAGGAGUCUUUUUACUGAUUAUAUGGAACUUCAGAAGCUUCUGUCUAUCAUCCAGACCUCAAGAGAGACAGUGCUGUGGCCUGCCGUCAUCCGUGAGCUGCAGAGCGGUGUGAAGCUGCGCAAAGUGCCCGGGACACCUCAGCAUCAUGCCCCUCCACAGAAGUGUGCCCGCUCCCCCUACGAGAUGUUGGCGGAUGAUAUUCAGCAGAAGAGGUACACCCUUCGGAAGGUGAUCAUUGAGGAAAAACGCAAGGGCGCCAGAGUUGGUGCAGCUUCUCCUAUGCCUCACUUAAAACCAGUGCUGGAGAGGAAGCCGAAAAAGCACCUGCCGCAGGAGCCCAGCUGGCACGAACAUCUCAUGGCAGAAAUAAAACAACUGCAGAGGCUUCAGCCAUCGGCAUCAAAAGAAGAUGGAAGCAGGCCCAAAGGUGUCUCUGCAAACUGUACAUGUGCUCCCAUAAGUGGACCCAUCCUAGGAGACAUUAAACCUGUCCAUUCCCUGAGCUCCAGCCAACAGGAGCUGCGUCCAUACAGAAGAAGGUCUAGAUCUUUAGAGAGUGCCCUUCAAAGCAAGGAGCUUAUCUGUUUCAGCUGCCGUAAGCAGAUGUUCCUGAAGUGGCCUUACAGCUGUUAUCUCUGCAGCAGUGUUGUCUGCUGUGACUGCUGCAUCAAGAUGUCCAUGCCCUUCAGAAUGUGUGUACAUCUUCCACUGGGCUUCUUAAAACUUCUGAGACUCUCCAAAGAGGAGGAUCCAUCUACUCAGGAGCAGAAGAACUCAGACUUGCUGCAUGAACUGGAGCACUGGAAGUGUUCUAGUGUGCCUGUCACAUUGGAGCCCCACUGCCUAGCGCAGCCCCUGUGCCGUUGCACACGGACUAUGACAGACUGGCUGUCGGUAGACAUCUGUACUCAGUGUGAGCAGUAUCUGCUGAAUGUGGCUUCUGCUCAGCAGCACAGCAUCUCUCUUGGGAGAAUGUCCAGGUCUUGGACCAAAGUGGAAUGA